GGGUCCUGUAUGAAGUCGGUGCUCGCAGCCUUCCCAACGCCGCCGGUCCGCCCCACGUCGCGCCCCAGUCUUCUUAACCAGCUCUGAUGGGUUUCAGUUUGGAUUACUGUUUGCGGCCUUGUGACCUUGUCAUUACAACUAUUACUUGUUUUUGUCAAGAUGCCCAAACGUAAGUGUAAAUUCACAGCAGAGAUGCAGAACAAACUCCCGUGCUUCAAAAGAGGCAGGGAUGAGUGGGAAGCUGAGUGUUUGUCGUUUGGUGUGUAAACCAGGAACAUUUGUCACUGGCACAUAAAGGCAUUAAUGACUUACAGUGACUGGAAGUCAGUCGCAGUGGCUGAAGAAGAGUUAGAAGACAGCAACUAAGCUAAGUAGAGAAACGGAAUUCAAGAUUAUCAGCCAUAUGCAAAGUACCCGCAUCAUUGAGGUGCAGGAAAAGUGCACCGAGAGAGCCUUGGAGCUGCUGGCCCUUCCACCUGACAUCUCUGCAAUGCUGCUGGACCUGGGCUGUGGCUCGGGCCUGUCUGGAGAAGCCAUCACAGAGAACGGCCAUUACUGGGUGGGCAUGGACAUUUCCCCCUCCAUGCUGGAUGUGGCCCUGGAGCGGGAGGUGGAGGGAGACAUGCUGCUGGGAGACAUAGGUACUGGGGUUCCUUUCCGUCCUGGGAUGUUUGACGGUGCCAUCAGUAUCUCGGCCAUCCAGUGGUUGUGUUACGCUGACUCUGCCACACACCGGCCAGCCAAGAGGCUUUACAAGCUCUUCAUGACUCUGUUUGCCAGCCUGUCCCGGGGCAGCAGGGCGGUGUUCCAGUUCUACCCAGAGAAUGAUGCACAGGUUGAAAUGGUGGUGUCCCAGGCCAUGAGGGCAGGCUUCACUGGUGGCCUGGUAGUGGACUUCCCUAACUCCACCAAGGCCAAGAAAAUCUACCUGGUGCUGAUGACAGGGGGAGCAGCACCCCUGCCUAGUGGCCUGCAGGAAGAGGGGGCAGCAGGAAGCACACAGGCACUCUACCAGAGAAGAGAGCGCAUGAAACAGAUGCGAGGCUCCCGCCAGCCCAAGAAAGCCUGGAUCAUGCAGAAGAAGGAGCGUCGGCGGAAGCAGGGACGGGAUGUGCGGCCUAACUCCAAGUACACGGGACGCAGGAGACCGGAGAGAUUCUAGCUGGCAGUAGCUGUGGUGGUGUGGGCUGUGCUGCACCAGCUGUUGUACUGUAUUGGUUGUUGCGGGCUACUGGAGGCACAUGAACAGUGUGCCUCAGUGUUGGAACAUUGCUUGUUAUAGACUUUUGUGCUGCUGUAUUUAUUUGAAUUAAGUAAAUGCUGGGAUGGCUUGACAGAUGUUGGUGUGCAAGCAUGUCAUUGAUAUAUAUCUUGAAUCACUAUGGUUUGGCCAUUGAGAGUUUUAAGUUUCUGUUCCCUAUAAAUAGAAGCAACUACCUUUAUGUAUGCUCUCUCUCUCUCUCUCUCUCUCUCUCUCUCUCUCUCUCUCUCUCUCUCUCUCUCUCUCUCUCUCUCUCUCUCUCUCUCUCUCUCUCUCUCUCUCUCUCUCUCUCUCUCUCUCUCUCUCUCUCUCUCUCUAUAUAUAUAUAUAUAUAUAUAAAUUGAAAUAAUUAGGCUAAAUAUGUGAGUGCGUAAGGGACAUUGCCCCUCCACUGCUGAUGGACAACUGCCUGUCUGUAUAGUGUUACCACUGAAGGUUUGCCUUGGUGUGACAUCACGUAAGUGGUGGUGUUGGUGGUGGUGGUAAAUAUGCUCUUGCCAUCAUUACUGUGGGCAUCAUUGGCCUGCCAAUCAGAACAGUCUGCCACAGGAUGCUGGGAUUGGCAGGUGAGUUAUCUUUCCUUGAGGUGGCCCAUGACAGCUGUGCCUUGUGAGGGGACUGGCCCAAGUGACCUUCACUCAUCAUCUUUCACUGUCCCAGCUCUUCCUGGCCUUGGGUCUGUGCUGCUAGGGUCGACCCUGGCUGCUUGGCACUGGCAGUGUAGACACAGUGGUCUGCAUUAGUCACAGAUUUGUUGAUAUUAAAAAGAUACUUGUUA